AUGGCUGCAGAGAUUUACUCCCACAGCGGAAGCGGAAGUGUGUUACAUCCAAUUUGUCGGCCGAGUUCUACGUUCACUGAACAAAAACAACACUCGUGGAGAAUGGCAGAUGUCGGUUUUGAAGAGCUGUCGCAGCUCGAGUAUUUGUCUUUGGUGUCUAAAGUCUGCACGGAACUUGACAACCAUCUUGGAAUAAAUGACAAAGAUUUAGCUGAAUUUGUCAUAAGCCUCGCUGAGAAACAACCGAGCUUCGAUGGAUUCAAAGCUCUUUUACUUGAAAAUGGAGCCGAAUUCACAGAUUCUCUUAUCAGUAACUUGCUCAGACUCAUUCAGACAAUGCGACCUCCAUCCAAUGCAUCAACGAGUAAAGUCUCUGAGGCUUCAGUUAAGCCCAAGACAGAAAAAGACAGGUUAAAGGAGAUGUUUCCUGCACUGUGUCGGCCAAAUGAUCCAGUCCCAAAGCGACUCCUGGAUGAAGAUGAUGUGAAGGUAGCAGCUGAUGCAAUGAAAGAACUGGAGAUGUUUCUCCCCAGUGUAAGUGGGACGAACUCAAAAGGGAGCAAAAGCAAAUCAGAAAAAAGUAAGCAUUACAGCCGAAGUCGCAGCAGAAGCAGAGAAAGAGACAGACACAGAGACCGAGACAGAGACAGGGAUCGGGAGAAGGACAGGAAGAGGCGGCACCGUUCUCGAUCGCGCUCCCGAUCCAGGUCUCGCUCCAGAGACCGCGAUCGGCACAGAGAGCGAGAUCGUGGCAAAAGACGAGACAAAAGUUCCCGUUGGGCUGAUCGCUCUCCAAGUCCCAGAAAAGACCAUGACAGGGACGCGGACCGCUGGAAGGACAAACAUGUGGAUCGUCCACCUCCAGAAGAACCUUCUGUUGGUGACAUCUACAACGGGAAAGUCACCAGCAUCAUGCAGUUUGGGUGCUUUGUUCAGCUGGAGGGACUGAGGAAACGAUGGGAAGGUUUGGUCCACAUUUCUGAGCUGCGCAGAGAGGGCCGUGUGGCCAACGUGGCCGAUGUUGUCAGCAAAGGCCAAAGAGUCAAAGUGAAGGUGCUCUCAUUCACCGGCUCCAAGACCAGCCUCAGUAUGAAGGAUGUGGACCAGGAGACGGGAGAAGACUUGAACCCCAACAGGAGGAGGAAUAUUGGCCCUGAUGGAGGAGAGGAGAUCUCCAUGAGGAACCCCGACAGGCCAAACAACCUGAACCUGGGCCACGCCCCUGAGUUGGAGCAGGACGACACCCUGGAGCGCAAAAGGCUCACCAAAAUCUCUGACCCGGAGAAGUGGGAGAUCAAACAGAUGAUUGCUGCUAAUGUGCUGUCCAAAGAGGAAUUCCCAGAUUUUGAUGAUGAGACAGGAAUCCUCCCUAAAGUCGAUGAUGAAGAGGAUGAAGAUUUGGAAAUUGAGCUGGUUGAAGAAGAACCUCCGUUUCUGAGAGGACACACUAAACAAAGCAUGGACAUGAGUCCUGUCAAGAUAGUCAAGAAUCCAGAUGGCUCGCUGUCCCAGGCCGCCAUGAUGCAGAGCGCUCUGGCUAAAGAGAGACGAGAGCUGAAGCAGGCGGCUCGAGAGGCAGAGAUGGACUCCAUCCCCAUGGGGCUGAACAAACACUGGGUCGACCCGCUGCCAGACGCUGACGGCAGGCAGAUUGCUGCCAACAUGAGAGGCAUUGGCAUGAUGCCCAAUGACAUCCCAGAGUGGAAGAAACAUGCUUUUGGAGGGAAUAAGGCCUCCUAUGGAAAGAAGACUCAGCUCACCAUCCUGGAGCAGAGAGAGAGCCUGCCCAUCUACAAGCUGAAGGAGCAGCUCAUUCAGGCUGUUCAUGAUAACCAGAUCCUGAUUGUUAUUGGAGAGACUGGUUCUGGGAAGACCACACAGAUCACUCAGUACCUUGCAGAGGCAGGUUACACCACCAGAGGGAAGAUUGGCUGCACACAGCCCCGUCGUGUGGCAGCCAUGUCAGUGGCCAAGAGAGUCUCUGAGGAGUACGGUUGCUGUUUGGGACAAGAGGUUGGUUACACGAUCCGUUUUGAGGACUGCACCAGUCCUGAGACGGUGAUCAAGUACAUGACGGACGGUAUGCUGCUGAGAGAGUAUCUGAUAGACUCUCAGCUGGGCCAGUACGCCAUCAUCAUGUUGGAUGAAGCCCACGAGAGGACGAUCUACACUGAUGUUCUGUUUGGUCUCCUCAAGAAGACGGUACAAAAGCGCACCGAUAUGAAGCUGAUCGUAACGUCAGCUACGCUGGACGCUGUGAAGUUCUCUCAGUAUUUCUACGAAGCCCCCAUCUUCACCAUACCAGGCAGAACAUAUCCAGUAGAGGUUCUUUACACCAAAGAGCCUGAGACCGACUAUCUGGACGCCAGCCUCAUCACGGUCAUGCAGAUUCAUCUGACUGAGCCUCCAGGCGACAUCCUGGUGUUUUUAACUGGACAGGAGGAGAUCGACACGGCCUGUGAGAUUUUGUACGAGAGAAUGAAGUCACUUGGACCAGAUGUUCCUGAACUCAUCAUCCUGCCGGUUUAUUCUGCGCUUCCCAGUGAGAUGCAGACCAGGAUUUUUGACCCCGCACCUCCAGGCAGCAGAAAGGUUGUUAUUGCCACCAACAUCGCAGAAACCUCCCUAACCAUCGAUGGAAUCUAUUACGUGGUGGACCCCGGCUUUGUCAAGCAAAAAGUCUACAACUCUAAGACGGGCAUUGAUCAGCUGGUGGUGACUCCCAUCUCACAGGCUCAGGCCAAGCAGAGGGCAGGCCGAGCCGGCAGGACGGGCCCCGGGAAGUGUUACAGGCUUUACACUGAGAGAGCCUACAGAGAUGAGAUGCUGACCACCAACGUGCCCGAGAUCCAGAGAACCAACCUGGCCAGCACUGUGCUGUCUCUGAAGGCAAUGGGCAUCAACGACCUCUUGUCUUUUGACUUUAUGGACGCCCCGCCCACUGAGACUCUGAUCACAGCCAUGGAGCAGCUUUACACUCUGGGAGCUCUGGAUGAUGAAGGCUUACUCACACGACUGGGUCGACGGAUGGCUGAGUUUCCUCUGGAGCCCAUGCUCUGCAAGAUGUUGAUCAUGUCCGUCCAUCUGGGCUGCAGUGAGGAGAUGCUCACCAUUGUGUCGAUGCUGUCUGUGCAGAACGUCUUCUACAGGCCAAAGGAUAAGCAGGCCUUGGCUGACCAGAAGAAGGCAAAGUUCCACCAACCUGAGGGAGACCACCUGACUCUGCUGGCUGUCUACAACUCCUGGAAGAACAACAAGUUCUCCAACCCCUGGUGUUACGAGAACUUCAUCCAGGCCCGCUCCCUGCGCAGAGCCCAGGAUAUCCGCAAACAGAUGCUGGGUAUCAUGGACAGACAUAAACUGGAUGUGGUGUCUUGUGGAAAAGCUACUGUGAGAGUCCAGAAAGCCAUUUGCAGUGGUUUCUUCAGGAAUGCAGCAAAGAAGGAUCCUCAGGAGGGCUACAGGACCCUCAUAGACCAGCAAGUGGUUUACAUCCAUCCCUCCAGUGCUCUGUUCAACCGGCAGCCUGAAUGGGUUGUGUACCACGAGUUGGUCCUGACUACCAAGGAGUACAUGCGGGAGGUGACCACCAUCGACCCCCGCUGGCUGGUGGAGUUCUCCCCUGCCUUCUUCAAAGUGUCUGACCCCACGCGCCUCAGCAAGCAGAAGAAGCAGCAACGCCUGGAGCCCCUGUACAACCGCUACGAGGAACCCAACGCUUGGAGAAUCUCCCGCGCCUUCAGACGUCGUUGACAUGUUCAACGUCUCAAAUCUGCAACGCAGAUGUUCAGACGGCGGUCGUGAUGAGGACAGAUGUUGUUCUGUAUCAAAGUUCAAGCUGCCAUCACUCCUUUUAAACUUGUGAACAUUGUACAUUUUCCUUUAAUAUUUCCUAAACGAGCAUCUUAGUCCAGGUGUGUGCAGCUUCGACUUCACUUCUGUCUCCUCAUACUGCAGUUUUACAGCCUUGUGACAUGGACUGUUUAUAUUUUUACUCUGUAAAAUGUGGUCACAUAAAGUUGUGCCUAAAUGAGGACCUGAGUGGAUUACAGCUGGUCUUUUAUGUUUAUUCUUACAGUGCUUUUGUGUCAGUCCAAAAGGAUGGUGCAACAUGUACGUUUGACAUAUUUUGUAAAAUUACAGGAACAACUGAAAAUAUUUCUUCAUUAAAUCCUGACUUUUACAGUC